AUUAUAAAUGGAAGUGGUCUCAGCCUUCACUCUUCACUCUUCACCCAUACACAGUGAACAGAGCUGUCAACUUUUGCAGCAGAUCUACUGGGUGUAGUAACUUUGAGAAGUUCAUUUCGGGGCAAUGAAUCCUCCUGAAGGUGACGGCUCAGUUGGAGAAGCGAACGAAAACAACAAGAAUGAGGAAGGGCUCCAUGAAGAAGGGCUUGCUGAGACAGAAGUGAAUCUCCCUGAAGAAGGAGACAACAACAACAACAACAACGAUGUUCCUCUUCAUGAAACCCUUAAUGCUGUAGCACUGGAUUCUAACAUGUCCGCUUCAAGCUUCCACGUUGGAAGCAGCUCGAACACCGUGAACAUUCCAAGAAAAAGAAACUUCGGUAGUUCUGGACAUUUUUAUCAGGGUGAAAGUUCAAACAUGGGUCAACAGCAAGUGACAGGAGAGGCUAAAAGGCUUGCUACUGAGUCUGAGGGUGGAGCUAACAACAAUGUGAGCCCACACAAUGCAGGAACACCUAUUCCACCUAUUCCACCACCACCCAAUGCCGGUGCUAACAGAAACGAGAAUACUGAUACCGGGAGAAGAGCUUCUUAUGCUACACUACCAGGCCAAGCGAGUCUGUAUUUCAACGGAGCUUCAACACAUCCCGCUCAGCAUCCUCUCCAACGCAUAGGUUCUGUUCAGCCAUUAUCUUUUCAGGGUAGUGCAUUCAUGCGCAGUGCUACCUCCACUGUGAACAGCGUAACCGUGAGGACUACUCCUCCCACCCGCUGUCCACACCCAAGAGUUGAUAUUAUAAUUCCCUUUUAUGAACAUGGUAGCUCUUCAACCCGGCCUCCGCCACAGGCCACACCAAGAAUCAACCAUUCUGCUGCAGGAAACAGUUCUGCCACUCAGAACAAUCAAAAUUCUGCACUUCCACCCAAUUUUAUUUCUCCUGAAUUGAGAGGAAGACUUCCAUCUGAGGUUCAAUCUAUCUUGGAUUCUCUGAGCAAUGGCCGCGGUCUAAUCUUUGAGAUAGAGAACUCUGAACCAUCUACGGCGGGACUAAGUCUCCAAACGAUCAUGCAGCACAUGGAGCGUGAGACUUUGGUGGAUGUUGAUGGAGAUGACCCAGUAGAACAUCAAAAGAGAUGCACCAUCUGUUUGGAAGAAUUUGAAAACGGAUCGGAAAUCGGGAAGAUGCAGUUAUGCGAUCACAAGUUUCACUUUGAUUGCAUCAAACAGUGGCUCGUGCAGAAGAACCUUUGCCCCGUGUGCAGAAGAGUUGCAUUGAACAGGCAUCUGAACGGCCCAAACAGAGAAUAUGGUUAUUUCUUUAUCUAAUGGUGUGUUUGGAACAUAUGGAAUUAAUCAGAAUGGAAGAGAAGAAAGUUGAAAUGGGUCGGAAGAAGAGACGGUUGUUUGGAAGAAUAUAAUAAUUAUGAAUAGAUAGAAUAAAGUGGAUUCUAUGCCUAAAACUUUCACCAAGUUUGAUGCUGGAAAAUGAACAAACCUUUUCAUUCGUUUAUAUAUGAAACAUUUCAUUAUCAAUGUUCAAAUUUUACUUAUUGAUAAAUUUGAUAUACAUA